AUGUUCGAGGUCAGAAGCUCGGGUAUCGGGGGUCCAAGCCCAAAGUGGUGGCUCAACUCCUUCGAAGUUGGAGUCUCUUCGCCAAAAUUCAACCGACCAUCAUCAAACUAUUUACGACAACUGCACCCUAGUCGACCUUUGAUCAGAGCCUCCCUUUGUGUGACCGUCCUAGCCGACCACAUCCUCCUACCAAAAAUCAUGGAACCCGACUUUCAUCCGUCGGUUCAACAGCUCAAAGCGAUCCUUCAAGACCCAAAAGAUUCCUGCACGUUUGUAUCUACCCACGGGAAAAACCCUCAGCUCAUUCCUUACCUGAUCCAAUUACUCUGGUGCCACUGCAAACGCUCACCUUUUUUCUUAUAUUCUUGGAGAAUAUAUUUUAGCCGUCAAAUAACGAGGAAGGGUUAUUAG